AUGGUCCAAGUUUGUCCCCCGCUGCCGGGACACGUGUCCCCGCUGGACGAGCUGAGGCUGCUCGACUCCGAAAAAAUCACCGCUGAGGAAAAACUCGGCAUCUCCCGCGCCCUGCGCAACCUCAAACCUGAGUCCGGGUUCCUGUACCGAUGCGUCGACGCGUCCACCAAGAACUUAUACCACCAGGUCGACUGCACCCGCGCCAAGCCGAACUCGAGCUGCGAGUGUUCCACAAACUCGGACCUACGGGAGUUCUACAACCUAUUCAGGUCCAAGCCCACCUUCAGGGAGGCCGAGAUACGAUGCUUCGUGGACGUGAUACAGCGGCAACUGGACGAGGAGCUGGUCCGCCGCACCCGAGGACUCGACCUCACCAAGUGCAGGCGGAAUCUCCCCCAUUACAAGCUCGUCCCCGUCAAAGUACAGGGCGACAGCCGAUCCGAGAGCUCGGAAUGCCAAGUCCUCUGCUCCUGCGAGCCGGAGAGCUCCUCGGUAGAGUCAUUGGAAUGCUGGCAGCGCUACCUGAGAGAGCGAAAGUGCAAGCACCCUGGCGGAUCACCAUCGGUGGAUGAGGCUUCCCUGGAGGAGCCAGGACCGUUUAGCAUCGGGGACGUUGGCCGAUCGGAGGAGAUUGGCAAGUGGGGCCGCUUCGACGAGCUGGUCCAGCAGGUGUUGUUCAGGCUCGAGCUGAGGAGGAUGAUGCGCAGGGAGGAGUGCUGCCUCGACAGCUGCGCCAUGCCACCUCGGGCCGACCGGUUCGAGGACGUCGACAGGUUCAGGGACGCCGAGGCGUGUGGGCUUGCCGAGUUCUCCAGAAACCUGAUGAGAUGGUCGAGCUGCACGAGCAAGAGGUGGGAGCGCCUCGGGCGUUUCCCGCACCAAGUGAUACACCUGCCCUCGAUGGGCUACCCGUGCGAGAUACGGUGCAAGGCUCGAGGCCGAUUCCUCCCCAUUCAGAGCGCCCAGGUGGGCAGACUGGGGUGGCUGGUGAACAGGAACGCCCAGGUGAUUUACGUGUGCCCGGGAAAGUCCAACGGGGAGACGGAGUUUGUCCUACGGAGCUUUGUGGAAUUGGCGAGGCCCGACGCUUGCCUCUCGAACCUGUGGAUCAUCGCCAACGACGAGGAAUGCUUGUGCCAGGAGGUGGAGGAGGGGUACCGGAGCGGCUGCGAGAACCUCUUCUACACGCCGAGCGUGUACCGCCGAGUGAGACGGCUCACGGCCGGCCGGCGGAGUUUCAUCAUCCCGGGCGUGCUCUGCAAGACGGAUGUCUUCAUCGCGUGCGAGCUGAGGACGUCCAUCGUAGGGCCCCACUUGGCUUUCCAGAAUCGGUUGCUCGACAAGCACUACGUGAUGGCGUUGCUGAGCGCCUCGGGGAUCCGGCACCCGCCGUUCGCCCCUGUUCGGACUUUAUCCGAUCUGUGCGACGCGUUGGCGAGGAUGAUCUUUCACCACGGUUGGCGCGACCGUAAAAAGUGGCUGCUCAAGGUCAACUGUGGGUUUUGCGGACAUCAGAGCGCCCUCGUAUGCCUGGACUGCGGGGAGUUUUGCGAGCUAUCCGAGGAAAAUCUGCGGGGCUAUCUGGUCGACGCGUUGCCGCGAAAAAUACGAGUCAACAGAAAGGCUUAUAAGGACGCCAAGGACUUCUUUGUCGAAAUCGAGCGACACGGUGGAGUAUUGGUGGGCUGUCCGGGGGUCGAGUUCAGGACGGUGAGUCUGGGCUGUUUUAUCGAGCACGACACGGCCGAGGCGCGGCUGUGCACCGCAGCCGAUGUCCUACAAACGCGCGCCGACUACGGCUGGACCGAUUUUGGCUACAUAAUCCCACAGUCGACUCUGCCGAUGGACACGCUCCGGCAGCUUGUGGUCCAACUUGGCGGGGCUAUGCUGCUCGAACAGUACAUUGGAUACUACGGCGUUGACUUGGUGGUUUUCCGUGACGAGGAUACCGAUGGCAGUAAGGAACUGAAUUACUGGGUCGUUGAUGUCGAUCCCUACUACACGGACUUGAUAUCGUUCGACGAUUGGAGGAGAUUUUGUUUGGACAUACCACUCACCGACAGGUACACUUGUCUAUACUCAUCCAAACGAUGCGCUUGUAUCUCUCCGUGUGAUGGGCCAUCGGCUUCGAGAUGCGAGAAGCGCGAUAAUCGGUACGUCGUGUGCAGUGGAAAAUUGUACAUGGACGGAUUGUCCCACUGCAGUGGAAAUUUCCUCGUCGAUCUCUGCAAGGAGCACAGAAUCGCGUACAGUUCUAAGGCGAGAACGGGCUGCAUGAUUUGUCCGAUCGACGCCGACUGGCGGGCCUUUUUGCUCUUCGCCUUCUGCAGCGACAAGCGAAUGGCCCUGGGAUACUUCACCAGGGCACUGCAAGCGCUCAGCUCGGCGUCGCUCGACCCGAAGGACGUCAAUACUGUCAAGCUCGUGAACGACAUCACCAAUAGCAUCGACAAUCCUUUCGAGCAAGGGGGAGAGAAACCGAGAGAAACGGUGAAAAGGAUCGAUGGCAGAGGCAAUGCGGGAGAUUGUUGAUUCUCUCUUUGGCCUCCUUACCGGGUUGAUUAACCUAAUUUCCAUUGUGUGGAAAUCUAGGCCAC